AUGGCCGACAUCAGCGACGCCGAGCUCCGCGAAAUCUACGACUUUGCCGUCCAAUUGGGCAAAGAGGCGGGAGAGAUGCUCAUGACGGCAGCCAGGUCAAGAUGGGGAUCCGGAGGAGAGACGCAGGCAUUCACGGAAAAGGAUAACUCGGUCGAUUUGGUGACCAAGACAGACACAGAAGUCGAAGCUUUCAUCCACUCGUCCGUCGCAAAGAAGUAUCCCACCCACAACUUUCUCGGCGAAGAGACAUAUUCGGCCGGCGCAUCGCGUGAUUACCUCGUCGACGAACGGCCGACGUGGAUCGUCGAUCCCCUCGAUGGCACCGUUAACUUCACCCAUCUAUUCCCAAUGUUCUGCGUCUCCAUCGGUUUCGCCAUCAAGGGGAAGCCCGUCAUUGGCGUCAUCAACGCCCCCUUCUUGAACCAAACUUUCUCGUCGCUCAAGGGCCAUGGUGCAUGGAUGAACGAGACACAGAGGCUGCCGCUUGUUCUGAACCCGCUGCCCGCCAACGCGCCCAGCGGCUGCGUCUUCUCCUGUGAGUGGGGUAAGGACCGUCGAGACACCCCAGAUGGCAACAUGCACCGCAAGGUCGAGAGCUUUAUGAAUAUGGCUGCUGAGCGCAAGGGACGAGGUGGUAAGGGUGGUAUGGUGCAUGGCAUGAGGAGCUUGGGAAGUGCUACCCUGGAUCUGGCAUACACAGCAAUGGGAUCAUUCGACAUUUGGUGGGAGGGCGGAUGCUGGGAAUGGGACGUUGCUGCGGGCUUUGCGAUUCUCGAAGAGGCCGGUGGUCUCGUGACAAUAGCCAACCCUCCCGAAGACACGAGCGUUGUUCCGGAAGCGAAGCUCGGAGGCAGACUGUACCUCGCCAUUCGCCCCGCAGGAUCGACCGAGACCGAGACGGCACGACAGGCACAGGAGAGAGUGGUGCGGGAGACGUGGAAACGAGUGAGAACAUUGGACUACUCAAGACCCGGCGCGUAG